AUGCUAAGACGAGCUGCCGUGCGGCUAGACGGGGGCAUGACCAGCGAAGACCGGACAGAUUGCCGUCCGGCGCUGUCGAGUCGCGGAGCAUUCCCGUCUGGUGCGAAUAUGUGUUCAUGGAUACAUGAGGACGUACGGAGGACGAGGAGCAUGAAUUCGCGGCGAGAGUUGACGGGCAGUGGGGCGGGUGGUAUGCUCGAUGAGCUCGCGGCCGAGAGUGCGCUGGGGAGCGGAUGCGCGCACGCGGAUGUCGAUUGCAGUCCCGGACGAGAGACUUUGUCUCACUUCAUGGCAGACGACCACCUACAUGUCCUGACGCUUGGGUCCCAUCCGAAGGAAUUCAAUCAGCUUCAAUUCACUACGCACGGUUUAGCUCCGCGGUACCUGGGCAUACGAGAACUGCUUCCGCAUCGCCAGCCUGAGCCCGAUGAGAGGGUCUGCGGUCCAACGCCGUCGAAAACGGUAUUCAUGGAUGCACCGGGAGGACCACGCACUGGGACGGCCACUCAGAGAACACCCGUGUCACUAUUGCCCUCACUUCAUGACGCCAGCCGGCCACAGAAGUGCAAUGUCCCGACGCCCGGGUCUUGCCCAGCGACCGCACGACUGACCUGGUCAUGGACGCACUGUAAACGUAGUGCCGUAGAGCGAGUCCGAGCGGAGGAAGCCCCUAAGUGUCGUGAUUAG